AGAAUUCAAAUAUUUAGUGAUGUAAUUCAUUGUUAUAAAAUUUAUUGGUUCGCUUUUGUGUGUCAUACGGAAGUUAUUGUAUUUAGUAAUCCCUGCAAAGAUAGAACUGGAAAAUAAUGUAUCUUUAGCUUUAACAAAGAUUAUCACCAUAUAUAGUUUUUCUUCCUUCUCAGAAAGUGUAUAAAAGUUAUCUUAAAUAACUGAAAUCUGUGAAGCUAUUGAAAACUCGCUCAGAAACAAUUGGUAAUGACUUCAAUAAAUUGCCUUUUGUGUUGUCGUGUGUGAAGUGAUCUUAAUAAUUGCAUGAGAAUUUCCUAUGUAACCUUGCAUGCCUUUCAAAAUCUAAUUGUAUUAUGGAGGAAGAAUUAAGGAGAGAUAGUAUCUACAUAAUAGAUCCUAUGGCUGAUCUUCCAAGUAAGGAGGCCAAAUCUGUGGGCCAAGGCUCACAGAAAGGGCGUGUUAUAGGGGUUUUUACCAGUGGAGGAGAUUCUCAGGGUAUGAAUGCUGCUGUGCGUGCUGUAGUUAGAAUGGGCUUGUAUCUUGGUUGUAGAGUAUAUUUCAUUAAAGAGGGCUAUCAAGGAAUGGUUGAUGGUCAAGAUUACAUUGUUGAAGCUACAUGGGCUAGUGUAUCUAGUAUUAUUCAUAAGGGUGGUACUGUGAUAGGAAGUGCAAGGUGCCAAGACUUCAGAGAAAGGCCUGGACGCUUGACCGCAGCAUUGAAUCUCAUUCAAAAUGGAAUUACAAAUCUUGUAGUGAUUGGAGGUGAUGGUAGCUUAACUGGUGCAAAUUUGUUUAGGCAAGAAUGGUCUUCUCUUUUAGAUGAACUGUUAUCACAAGGAAGAAUAACUGCUGAGCAAAAAGAACAGUGUCAUUCUUUAAAUAUUGUUGGUAUGGUUGGAUCAAUUGAUAACGAUUUUUGUGGCACAGACAUGACUAUUGGUACUGAUUCUGCUUUACAUCGUAUUAUUGAAGCAAUUGAUGCAAUUGUUACUACUGCCUCCAGUCAUCAAAGAACAUUUAUAUUGGAAGUUAUGGGUCGUCAUUGUGGUUAUCUUGCUCUUGUUGGAGCGCUUGCCAGUGAAGCUGAUUUUGUUUUCAUUCCUGAAUGGCCUCCGGAAGCAAACUGGCCUGAAGUAUUGUGUGAAAAAUUAAAAAUGGAAAGAGAAGCUGGUCAGAGGUUGAAUAUUAUACUUGUGGCUGAAGGUGCUAUGGAUAGAGAAGGUAAAGCUAUCACUGCUGAUGGAGUGAAAAAAAUAAUAGUUGAUAAUCUUCAACAAGAUACAAGAGUGACAGUAUUAGGUCAUGUUCAACGAGGAGGAAGCCCCUCUGCGUUUGACAGAGUAUUAGGUUCUAGAAUGGGUGCUGAAGCUGUGCUUGCCCUCUUAGAAGCUACACCUGGAUCUGAAGCUGUAGUUGUCUCCUUGGAUGGAAAUCAGUCAGUGCGAGUUCCCUUAAUGGAAUGUGUGUUAAAAACAAAAUCUGUUGCAGAAGCUAUGGCUAACAAAAAAUGGGAAGAAGCAUGUAAUUUGAGAGGAAGGAGUUUCACUAGUAACUUGAUUUGUUACAAAAUGUUAACUAGAGUCAAACCUCCUGAAGGUACCUUAGAUGCUACAGGCCAAGCAACAGGUAAAUAUACAUUUGCUGUGAUGCAUGUUGGAGCACCAUGCUGUGGAAUGAAUGCUGUAGUGCGCUCUUUUGUUCGAUGCAUCAUGUUUAAAGGUGAUACAGUUCUUGGAAUUCAUGAUGGCUUUGAUGGUCUCAUUGAAGGAAAUGUUCAGAAAAUGCAUUGGUCGGAUGUAGCUGGUUGGGUUGGACAAGGAGGUGCAUUUUUAGGAACAAAGAGAACAUUACCUGCCACUAUCAUAGAUAAAGUUGUUGCACAAUUUAAGAAAUACAACAUUCAAGCCUUAUUAGUUGCUGGGGGUUUUGAAGCUUAUCAUGCGGUUCUCCAACUAGCUGAGCAUCGAUCAAAAUAUCCUGAACUAUGUAUUCCAAUGAUAGUAAUUCCUGCUACUAUUAGUAAUAAUGUGCCUGGUACAGAUUUCUCACUUGGUUCUGAUACAGCCCUUAAUGAAAUUACUGAGAUCUGUGACCGAAUUCGACAAAGUGCUCAGGGAACAAAAAGACGUGUAUUUGUGGUUGAAACAAUGGGUGGUUACUGUGGAUACUUAGCAACUUUAGCAGGUUUAGCUGGUGGAGCAGAUGCAGCUUAUAUUUUUGAAGAGCACUUUUCAAUUAAGGAUUUAAUUGGUGAUGUUUACCACAUGCAAGCUAAAAUGAAUGAGGGCAUUAGUAGAGGUUUGAUUUUGAGGAAUGAAAUGGCUAAUAAAAAUUAUACUACAGAUUUCAUUUUUCGCCUAUAUUCUGAGGAAGGUAAAGAUAUUUUCAGUACAAGGAUGAAUAUUUUAGGGCACAUGCAACAGGGUGGAAGUCCAUCACCAUUUGAUCGCAACUUUGGAACUAAACUUGCAGCAAAAGCUGCUGAUUGGUUAGUUAAGGAAGUUCAUGCACAUACAAAGGGUGAUAAAGUAUAUUGUGAUACUCCAGAUACUGCUGUACUAUUAGGUUUGUUAAAAAGACAGUAUGCCUUUUCUCCAGUUCAAAACUUGAAGCAAGAUACUGAUUUCAAGAAUCGUAUACCCCAACAUCAAUGGUGGCUUCACCUCCGAGCUUUGUUACGGGCUCUAGGAACCCCUGUUAGUUACCUGGUCAAAUCAGGAAUUACCCCAUCCCUAGCGGAUGUUGAAAAACCGCUAGAAGAACAUGUUGAUGAUGUUUCUGCUAUUUAAUCAUAUUUUUUUAAAUAUACUUCCUACCUAAAUCAAAUGAGAGCAUUUUUUUUAAAAACGAAAUUGUAGAAAUGUGUGCAAAUCGUAAUGUUCUCAAAUAAAAGCCUGAAAUAUUUAUGUCAAAAAUAAGAAAAUAUAAAUGUCUUCAGCUAUUGCAAAAUUUUGUUUUUCAGUGCAACCAAAAAUUUAAAUAAAAAAAAAAGAACUUAAUUCUUUCAGUCACAAAAGAAAUUUGUGUUCAUUUUUUUUCCUAACAAUUGUUUUCUUUAUUUUAGCAUUUAUUUCAAUAGGCAACUUUGUUUUCAUUUUUACUUAAAUUUUUCUCUAUUCUAAAAACUACAAAUUAUUUCCAAAAACAUCCAGAUUUACAUGGAAUCACAAAUAGAUAUGGCAUUCCCUGUCAAUAAUUUAAAAACCGCAUUACAAAUAUAAUUUUUUUUUAUAGAUUCUUAAUAUUAGUGUACAGAGACACGUGUGCACUCCUAGCAAUAGUCACAAAUUGGUAAUUUCUUCUAUUAAUUUACUAGCUAAUCCUCUCUCAAGACUUAUUCACCAUAUUUUUUUUAAAAUCCUGAUCAGGGGACAUAGAUAGCACUGAAGCUGGAGCCCUCUGUAUAAACUUCCAACUAAUGAGAGGGCUUU